GUGGGGACCCUGGAAGAGCAGCCAGGCCAGGUGCACCAGGGGUUGGGCAGGAGCCCGGAAGGUGCGCUGCCCCGCCCCAAGCCCCCCCUUUCCCGCGCCUCCUGCGUGAAAGUGAAAGUUCCAGGGCCCCCGCGAAGGUCAAGGAUUGGGGGGGCGGGGCCGGCGCGGACGUGGGAGCCGGCGCCGGGCACUGGAGGGGCCAUGGAUGGGCUCGGCCGCCGCCUCCGAGCCAGCCUGAGACUGAAGCGCGGCCACGGGGGACCUUCCCAGAGCGCUCGUGGGGAAGCUGUCCCAGAACCAGAAAGGACCCAGGAACAUUCCCUGUCUAGCUUUGCUGGAGGCCAGCACUUCUUUGAAUACCUUCUUGUUGUUUCUUUAAAGAAAAAGCGUUCAGGGGAUGACUAUGAACCCACGAUCACCUACCAGUUUCCCAAGAGGGAGAACCUGCUCCGGGGCCAGCAGGAGGAGGAGGAACGUCUGCUCAAAGCCAUUCCUUUGUUCUGCUUCCCUGAUGGGAAUGAGUGGGCACCACUCACAGAUUAUCCCAGGGAGACCUUCUCGUUUGUCCUGACCAACGUGGAUGGAAGCAGGAAGAUUGGAUACUGCAGGCGCCUUCUGCCUGCCGGUCCUGGCCCUCGCCUUCCCAAGGUAUACUGCAUCAUCAGCUGCAUCGGCUGCUUCGGCUUGUUCUCCAAGAUACUAGAUGAAGUAGAGAAGAGACAUCAGAUCUCCAUGGCUGUCAUCUACCCAUUCAUGCAAGGUCUCCGAGAGGCAGCCUUCCCUGCACCUGGAAAGACUGUCACCCUUAAGAGCUUCAUCCCUGACUCAGGCACGGAGUUCAUCUCACUGACACGGCCCCUGGACUCCCACCUAGAACAUGUGGACUUUAGUGCUCUGUUGCACUGUCUCCAUUUUGAGCAGAUUAUUCAGAUCUUUGCCUCUGCAGUACUGGAAAGAAAAAUCAUCUUCCUGGCAGAAGGUCUCAGUACCCUGUCUCAGUGUAUUCACGCUGCAGCUGCUCUGCUCUACCCCUUUAGUUGGGCACACACGUACAUCCCUGUGGUCCCCGAGAGCCUUCUGGCCACUGUCUGCUGCCCCACUCCUUUCAUGGUUGGGGUACAGAUGCGCUUUCAGCAGGAGGUUAUGGACAGUCCUAUGGAAGAGGUCCUGUUGGUGAAUCUUUGUGAAGGAACCUUCUUAUUGUCGGUUGGUGAUGAAAAAGACAUCCUACCACCAAAACUUCAGGGUGACAUCUUGAACUCUCUUGGUCAGGGGAUAAAUGAGCUAAAGACUUCAGAACAAAUCAAUGAGCAUGUUUCAGGCCCUUUUGUGCAGUUCUUUGUCAAGACUGUGGGCCACUACGCCUCCUAUAUCAAACGGGAGGCUAGUGGGCAAGGCCACUUCCAAGAACGAUCCUUCUGUAAGGCUGUCACCUCCAAAACCAAGCGCCGAUUCGUGAAGAAGUUUGUGAAGACACAACUUUUCUCCCUGUUCAUCCAGGAAGCAGAGAAGAGCAGGAAUCCUCCUGCAGGCUAUUUCCAAAAGAAAAUACUUGAAUAUGAGGAACAGAAGAAACAAAAGAAAUCAAAAGAAAAGACUGUGAAGUAAAAGCCAUGGUGAGCAACAGUGUCUACAGCUACAGGCCAAUUUGGACUUUGGCCCUUCUGGUGUGACAGGACCAGAGAGCCCCCUCAGUUCUGGAAUCCAUGGCUUCCUUCCAACUGGUAAUCCAGUCCUGCUUCAAAGUGGUGUCUGAGUUUGGGAUCCUUGGUGUCAGGAUUUCUCAGAACUUUGAGAACUCUCAUCCAAGCUCAUAGAACUGUACUCAAAGCUGCAGUUUUAGCAGAAUGGACACAGUGAUAAACAGUAGUACAGUUGUGGGUGCUUGAUUAGAAGUUGCCGCCAACGCCAUCUCCUGGGAACCACUGUUAUAGAAUCCUCAGCAGAGAACACUGUUGUGGCCCAACAACCCAUGUACAAAAUAGUGGUCUGACAUGUGAGGAUGAGAAUAAAGAUGAAAACCUUGUUGUUUGUCAAUCUA